GCAUCAGAACGUUUGGCGCGUUCUGAUCAAGGACACCGGGAAAAGAAUACGCACGUAUAUAUAAGCGCAGCCUACCAUGCUUAUUUUAUCGAGUUCAGUCUCAACUUGGUGUAUUCCACUUCUUGUGUAGCUGCUCUCGCAGAAACAACCUCAGCUCAUCCGAAAUGAAGGUUCUGCUGGUCUGCGGUCUCGUCCUCGUCGGAGCCUUCUUCGCUAAUGCUGAGGGUGGCAGGGAAUUGUGUGGUCUGAGCCAUGGCGAUAUCAAGGGAGUCCUCAGCUGCAUGGCAGAACAUGCACCCCCUGAGGUGAAGACAAAGGCCCUGGAGGUCCUCGGCGAGAAGGGCGACAACGUGGCCGAGAUUAUUAAGGCCAAGUGCGAGAGUGAUGUGGACUUUGCGUCACUGAUUUCGACAGUUUUCUCGGAGCAUGUGGCAACCGCUAUUAAGGCAGCUUACAACCACUGCAAACCGGCCUCUCGCUAGCCUACGAGGUCGUCGGAGCACCGUUCAGAAGAAAACAAUUGUUUUUUUUUUUGUUAGAUCCGUAGAUUAAAAAUAAAGGCAUAAGCAG